AUAGGGAGGAAGCUUUCACAAACCAGCACCAUAAGAUUUCUAUCUUAAAAAAAAAAAAAAAAAAAUGGAGAAAGUAGAAGAUGAUUCAAAACUAAAAGGGCAAGCAGAGAUUUGGCAGCACAUUGCUGGCUAUGUAGGCUCCAUGGUAUUGAAAUGUGCAGUGGAGCUUCGCAUUGCUGACAUUAUACACUCCCAUGGCGGUCCUAUUUCUCUAUCUCAAAUAGCUUCUGGUAUUACUACUACCAACUCACAAUCUCUUAAUAUGUCCUAUCUUGAACGCAUUAUGAGAUUAUUAGUUCAAAAGAACAUCUUCUCCGCACAUCAUGUUGAUCAUGAUCAUUCUUCUAAUUUGGGUAAAGAUCAAACCACUAGUAGUCCUACUACUCUAUAUGGACUCACAGAUUUGUCAAAAUGGAUAUUAUGGGACACCAAACCCAGCUUAGUGCCAUUAAUACGAAUAGUGAACCAUCCAUUAAUGAUGGCUCCGUGGCAAUAUCUCAGCCAAUGUGUUAAAGAUGGUGAUUUUGCUUUUAAGAAGGCUCAUGGUUGCAGUAGUAUUUGGGAGUUUAGCUCUACAAACCCUGAGAUCGACACUUUGUUCAAUGAUGCUAUGUCCGAUACGGUUUCUGUGACGAUGCAUGCCUUCAUAGAAGCUUAUAAAGAUGGGUUUAGUGGCAUUGGAUCAUUGGUGGAUGUAGGAGGAAGAACAGGAGAAAACUUGCAUGAGAUUGUGAAAUCACAUCCGCACAUCAAAGGCAUUAAUUUUGAUCUGCCACAUGUCAUUGCCAAAGCACCCUUAUUCAAAGGCGUCACCAAUGUUGGAGGCAACAUGUUUGAGUCUAUUCCUAAUGCAGAUGCGGUUUUCAUGAAGGGCAUAAUACACGAUUGGACAGAUGAGAUGUGCGUGGAAAUUCUAAAAAACUGUCGGAAAGCAAUACCUGAAAAUACCGGAAAACUUAUUAUUGUGGAUAAUGUUCUUGAGUUGGAAAGUGACUAUGUAUUUAAGGAAUCACAUGUGCUAUUAGAUUUAAUAAUGAUGGUGAUCACUAGUGGAAAAGAGAGAACAGAGGCUGAAUGGAAGAAGCUGUUAGAGGAAGGAGGGUUUCCUCGUUAUAAAAUCUUCAAAAUUCCAGCUACAGAAUGCAUUAUUGAGGCCUAUCCUAAAUAAUAUGGAAACCAAUUCCCCUCUUUCCUAGCUACCUACAAUAUGAUUUCCCUGUAUUUAUUUUUAUUGUAUCAAGUA